AUGAAUCACUAUUUGUUUCGUAAGUUCCUUCUUGAUGACUCAGAUGAAGAUGAGAUAAUCGAAGAACUUGUUAUGGAAACAUCACAACCUAAACGUUGUUCUAUCCAACGUAAUCAUUUGGUAGGCCAUGAGAGGCUUUUUCUUGAUUAUUUUGCUCCCACACCAAUAUAUCUACCCGCUUUAUUUCGUAGGAGAUUUCAGAUGAAGCGUUCUCUUUUUCUCCGUAUUCAAUCUAAGGUAGAAGCUCAAGACUCUUACUUUGUCCAAAAAAGAAAUAAUGCCAAAAAAAUUGGUUUAUCUUCAUUACAAAAGAGAACUGUUGCACAUAGAAUGCUUGUGUAUGGAGUAUCUGGUGAUUUGAUAGAUGAAUAUGUGUGGAUUGGAGAAACUACUGCAUUAGAAAGUUUGAAAAAAUUUGUUACUGCGGUAAUUGAUGUUUUCUAUGAGGAAUAG